AUGAAGCGUUCACGAGGUCAACUAAUGAUACAUUUAGUAGAAAAAAAAUGCAGCAAAACUAAAACACUCGAAAAUUUCGAAGAUUCUCCCUUCCCUCCGCGUGCGGAAUUAUUUACUGAAGAAAUGUCGUUCAUCAAUACUGUUGUUAAUUUAAACAAUCCAGAAGACUUUUUCGAGGAAACACCAACAAUUAAAAAUUUAUAUCGAAAUUUAUCAAACAAUUCGUCAGAUUCUGAUAGUUCUACUACAUGUUUUAAGGACCAGGAAGUUUGUGUGAUCGUUCAUAAUACACAAGAAAGAAAGUGUGAACCACAGCUUUUAUCUUCACAUCAAAAUCUUAUUACUGGACUAAGUGUAUCUAAGCAGGAAAAACUUCCUAAAGAUGAUAUUGAGAGCUUCACACCUAUACUUUUACCAUCAGUUUCUUUUUCAUCAGCCUAUCAACAAACUGAAAGCGAGUUUGAUUGUUUUCCUUUAAAUUCAGAUUACACUGAUACACCGCUAAGUAGUCCGACAAAUGCAAAGACAAAAAAACAAAAAAAGAAAGAUAAGGGCAGAUUACGAGAAAGAUACCAAAGCAGGUGGCUAAAUGAGAAACGAAAAUACAACUUAAACAGAGGCUUAGAAUAUAUAAGUAGGACUGGAAACAUAACUAAACAGAAAGAAAUGAAAGCUCCUAGUAAAUAUCCUAGAAAAUAUGCUGAAAAAGUGGAAGAAAUGGCAAAAUUUCUUGUUGUUGGUCACAUCCAGAACGAGGGUGACAGUAUUCACUCCGUAAUAGAAAAGAAAACCAGAAAUGUUUUGAUUUAUACUCCAGAUCAAUGGUCUCUUGCCUUCAAAAUGGCCACUGCUAAUGCAAAACCAUACAUAGUAAAAGAAGUUACUCAAUCUUUAAUUUUUGAUUUUAAGUCGUGUCUUACCUUUUUUGAUAACUGGAAGAAGAACUGUAUUGGAGAGCUUGUGAUGUGGAAUAAAAUUUGUGAGGUUAAUGUUCAGGCCAAAGAUUUAUUUAAGCUCAAUUACAAAUAUACUUUUGAAAAAGAUACCUAUAAAACUAUACAAUGUGUAAGAAGUAACACACGAACCGCCAUACAAAAUGUUACUAAGAAAUUUGAUAGUUUAAAUGUAGCUUACAAAAGCUUAUUAGCAAUUGAUAAAAAAAUACAAAGAUCUUCAAGAUCUUUGUAUUUCGACUGUAAUUCC